AUGUUCCUCCGCGUAAAUGAAACUCCACACUCAGACGACAGCAUUUCCGAUGACGACGAGCUUCAAGCUAAUCGCACCAACAACGCGCUUUCAUUACAAAACAAGGAAGAACUACCUCUUCCGGCGCGGUUAGAUUUGUUAAAAGGUGUCUCAAUACAGAAUUUGCUCGAAGAUGAGGAGGUUGAAAUGCCCGACUUCAAUGAGAGUGGCUUCCAGGGUGUCUUAGGUGAGGUGGUUGCUGAUUCGGGAGAUGAAGACAUUGUUUCUGAAGACGAGGGUAGCACUGUCCUCUCGACCAGACUCCUCCAUAAAUAUGGUCCUCAAUAUAUCAGAAAUGAAGAAGUUAAAGAUACAAAGAGGAAAUCGGAAGCGUUGCUUUGUUUUAAAGAAAGUGCUUCAUGUUUGGCAUCCCAUGCUACCUGCUCCAAGGCAAAUUCAUCUGGCAUCUGGAGCAAAGCUAAGACAAAAUUUUCAUUUUCAUCAAUGGCAACUAAAUAUGGACACACUGGCCCUUCAAUCUCUAAUAUUGAUAGGCUGCCUGAAAUUAUGGAAGGUGUUAACCCUAGGGCUUCUGCAAGUUUAGGCGGAAAUCAUCUUGAAGAUGAUGAUGACAUAGUGGAAUUAGAUUUAGACACGGAACCUCCUGAAACUGAAACUCUUCCACAUGAAUUUAAUCUUCCCGUAAUGGCUGAUCUCUUCGACCACCUACAAGAUAAGACUGAUCUGUGUCCACAUGAAAAUCAAAGAAAAGGAAGACCAGUGCAGCUUUUUCAGAAGAGUAGACCCCUCUUGCCAGAGACAGUUGUUGACAGUGAAGACUCACCUGAACCUGUGGAUAGCGGAUCAUCAAGUGACAAUGAGGAAAGGGAGCAACACAUGAAAAUUACUUUCCCUGGAAAGAAAAUGCAGACAAUGACAGAUAGAUUUCACAAUGCUUUAGGAUCUUCGUCUGUUAUUGCUGAAAAAGUUGGAGUACUCAAUCUAUUGAGAACUGGAAUUUUUGAAAAACUGCAGCAGGUGAUGCAGAAAGAAAAAGAAAGAGACAUUGACUUCUUGAAGAAGUUACAUGCUGGAGCUAGGCCUGAUAGUGAACUUGGCUGUGUCGAUGUAAACAUCAUUUCAAGAUAUUUGGACGGAAAGCUGAUUGUUUGUCAUUGCUCAUUAAGCAAGUAUCCCGAGAAUUUUCCACUACAAGCUGAAGGAACGGGGCUUGGUGGUAGCAAAGGUGGUCAAAGAACCAUUAUCUUUAGUCCAAGAGUUUGCGACAAUGUUGACCUUGAAGUGGGGAGCUUAAUUCGUAUUCAUCCACCGUGGAACGAAGUUCAAGUGGAAAAUGAUAAUAUUAUCUUGUGUUCUUUUUUCUCUGAAAUAUCGCCCCCAAUUUGA